UCUUCACUACAGACGAUUCUGAUGCAAGUGAUGAGAAUAGUAAACAUAUUGGAUUGUUUACAACUUGAUGUCUUGAAGAACUCUCCUGUAGAGGAACGUUGUUACAUAAUUUCAAAAUGGCUAGUGCUGCAUCUACCGCGUUCACUCAUGUUCAACGAGUUCGCUUGUUGUAUAAAACCAUACUUCGGAUUCAUCGGGGAUUACCUUUGGAGAUAAAAGCGAUUGGUGAUCAAUACGUCAAAGAUGAGUUCAAACGUCACAAGACAUGCCAACCACAGGAAGUCAAUCAAUUCAUGACUGGAUGGGUGGAUUAUGCAGUUACUCUUGCAAAGCAGCUGAAUGUGAGCCAGUUGAAAAAACAAACUCCCGCUUUAGGCAAACAUCUCACUCCAGAAGAACUUGACUUAUUUAAAGACGACCAGAUUUCCCAAUUGCACGAACUCAUGCAAGAAGCAAUUAAACCCAAAGUAGAUUCAGUUGAGGAUGACAUACUGCCUAAAAAAUUGUAACAUGUUCUAAUUCUAAACAAAUUGUACAUAUUUUCUCCUCUAGUACUGAUUUCUGAAUUAAUAUAAUGAAAAAUAGUGUUCUGA